GCGACGCCCGCGAGCACCGCGACGCCCCGCGCGCCGCAGAGCCGCACGCCAACGUCUCGCCCGACGAGCUGGAGAUCGAGCGCCUGCGCAGCCUGCAGCUGCAGAUCCUGCAGCAGCAGCAGCGCCAGCGCAUGCGCAAUGUCGCCGGCACCGCUGCCACCGCCGGCCUGGGCGCCCGCAGAAUCUCCCCGAUCAAGGAGGAGCCCAUCGCUGCCAUCUCGCCCACCCUCGAGGGCGCCUUUGCCAGCACCCCGAGCCCCAUGCCCUCCGCUGCCACCGUGUCCACCGUGUCCACCGUGUCCACCGAGUCCACCGAGUCGGCCAGAACCAUCCGCGGCAGUGUGCCACCCACACCUGCUGGCCACGCCGCCCUCCGCACCCCGUCGUACCCCUUCCCCACCGUCGCCACCACCCCCCGAUGGGCCUCGGCCUUCCACAUGCCCUUCACCAGCCUGUCGCCCACCGUCGCAGCUAUACAUUCCCGCGAAUGGGCCGUGCCAAGAGACCGUCCGGCCUCCGAGUCCAGCACCCCCGCUGCCUCCGCCACACCAUUCAUGCCCGGCGAGAGGGGCUACUCUUUCACCGAUGUCGAGGACCCCCGCUACCCCAGCCCUAAUCUUUACGAGUUGGUGUUGCAGCUUGGGUCCGAGCCUGGCCUGGCAGCAUGGUGGUCUGCCGUGACGACCAUCAUGAGAGAGUGCUAUGGCGCAGAACGGGCAACACUGGCCGUGCCUGCAGAUGCAUCUGACAUUGAGAACGUGCCAUGGGGGCAAAAGACAACCUGGAACGCGAAUCUUGGCAAGGAGAGCCCUCGUGCUGCCACACACCAAGAUGCACCGAGCCAGAAUAUCAGACUACCGCGGCCCACGCCUCAGCCAGAGGAAAGACCAUCUACCGUCAUACCAGACAGGAGGCCGAAGCUCUUCUCGCACCACUCAUUUGCCGGGUAUGAGCGGCCGAAGACCGAGACCGCGCCUUUCGACUCGCCCACACCUGUGAUGCCCGUUAGACCCAGAGGGCCUCUGCGAGCUGCCAGUCAUGCCUCGCAAGCGCCUUUGAGGGAUCAUCCUCUCAGGCAAGUCUCUCAGGCCUCUUUUGACGGACCUUCGUCCCCGUUUUCUGGCUUCCAUAUGAGCUCGAAUUAUGAUCCGACGCUUAGUGACCCAGAUUUCUCAAGCGUUGGCGGAGAGCCAACGACGCCCACUGCCGUUUUUAAUGUCUUGCGUGCCCUUGAUCAUGAACCGGACGCUUUGAUCGACAAUACCGGAGUCAAUCGCGUUCUGGAACGAGGACGCUUGGUCACCUUGACCCGAGACUACUCGACAUCCGUAACGACCUCUCGUGAAGAACUGACUGAGAAGGAGAAAACAGACGAAAACAAGCAGUUUGCCGAGAAGGCUGGUGCUCCCACAACAGAGGCACCCAAAGCUGGACGCAGCCACGUACCUCCUGUCAAGCCAGGUAGCCAUGUCACAGGCAGCCUGGGACUACGACCUCGCUACGAAGAAUACGAGCAAUAUCCGUCAUCACCGUGGGCACAGUCGCCCGCACCAUCACCGGCGAUUCAAACCGAUGCAGAAGCAAACCCUUUCUUCAACACUAGCAAUGUCGAUGAGGAAACCUUUAACCCUUCCAAGUCACCCCAAGACUACACACAGUAUGGUGUCGUCGAAGCCAUUGGCAUAGAUAGGGCUAGCACCGUCAUCCACAUUCCGCUUGUUCACCCUACCCUGUCUCAGGUCAUGCACCCUGCUGAUACAGGUACACCGUCCCAAACACCAGGCUUAUCCCGCCGACAGUCUGGCCACUCCCAAGCAUCAACGCCCGUCGAAGAAGGCUUUACCCGCAAAGCUCCCAUCGCCAUCCUCUCCAUCCUGUCGCCAGUUGUUCCUUACCCUCGUAAUCUGACCAACUCGCUGAAAAACCUCGCGCCUCAUCUCGCGACCUCCUUCUCGAACGCUUGGCAAUUUACCAAUGCACUUGUCCAGAUCAAUUCAGCCAGACAGCGGCGAGUGACUGGGCAAGGUCCCGGGAACGUCAGCAUUUCAGACCCUGAGAGCCUUGACGAUCUGUUACACCUCGAUUUGGGAGAUAUUUCGCACUCCGCAGCCGGGAGCGUAACUAGCCCGUCUGAUUAUUCAGGUCGCUCUAAGCACAGCCCUGGUGGCUCCAUUACUGGCACGCCUGGAUGGGAUGCUGCUUCUUUGGGCUUCUCGAGUAAGCACUCUAUUAGCAGCACACCAGGCCAUCUCACCGGGAGCGAAGCUGUUGAGAGCUAUUUCGAUGCAAAGAAAAGAACAAGUAUGGCGCCAAGCCAACCAAAGACAGCCGAGAAGAAGACGGAGAAGCGGGCUAGCGUCAAUCCGGUCGUAGAGUAUCACGACGACGAUGCUCUCACGCCAAGGAACGAACAGGGAACCACCAAGGACGAAAAGAAGCUGCAGCACCAGCGGGGUCAUUCGUUCCUACACUCAUAUGGUGCUGACUUUGGAUCAUCUUUCCAGUCCUUGCCGGCAGCGACGACGCCGGGAGGCCGUGCGCCUCCAACUCCCGGACACGUGAGGAGAAAUUCGAUCACCGAGACGUUUGACAUGCCGCCGCCUUCUGAGAGUCUAUUGCGCACAAUCAUUGACUCGCUGCCUGUACAGAUCUUCACAGCAGCACCGACAACAGGUGCAAUUACUUGGGUGAACUCGAAGUUCUUAAUCUACGGUGGGCAAGACACUCGGCAGGUUCUCCAAGAUCCGUGGGAGUCGAUCCAUCCGGAUGACCGCGAGUCAUACCUUGAGCAAUGGAACAAGUCUCUACGUACAGGUCAACAGCUCCAGAAGAAGGUUCGCUUGAAGCGUUUCGACAAUUGCUACAGAUGGUUCUAUGCACGUGUAGCGCCUUUGAAGAACAAGCGCCAGCAGAUUGUCCACUGGAUCGGAACCAACAUGGAUUUCCACGAGCAGCAUCUUGCUGAGCUCAACUCUGCUAGACAGCAGGAGACUGCUGCGUCCGAGGCCAAGUACAGGGCUCUUGCAAACUCUAGUCCUCAGAUCGUUUUUGUGGUGUCUAAUCGUAGAGGUCUGACAUUUUGCAACUCGCAAUGGACCACGUUCUCCGGCCAAGCAGAGAAAGAAGCGCUUCUCAACGGCUUCUUGGAGUAUGUUCAUCCGGACGACGUCAUCAAGUGCAAGCUACCAGACAUCGCGGACGACGGUACAACAAAUGUUCCAACCUCGGUCCCUCCGGAGCAUACUCGACACAAUUCGCAAAACUCGUCUUCGUCAGAUGACUCCUCGGAGACCGACAGGACGGUAACGAGUCCCGGCUCUACGCCAGAUAAGAUGGAUAUGCCACAGGCGAAGCUGUCCAAAUUAGCAAGUACCGGCAUCUUAAAGGUCGCCAAGGAUGCUGACGGCCGUGCUUCGUACUCAACGGAAGUACGACUUCGGAGCAAGGAUGGCGACUACCGCUGGCAUCUUGUCAGGAUUCUGCUGGAGAAGGCCCUUGCCGAGGACAGCGCCGAAGAGAGUUGGUACGGCACUGCUACCGAUAUCAACGAUCACAAGCUGCUCGAGCAGACCUUGAAGGAGACCAUGGAUGCCAAGACUAGGUUUCUGAGCAACAUGUCCCACGAAAUUCGAACACCGCUGAACGGCAUCUCGGGCAUGGUCAACUUUCUCCAAGACAGCCCUCUCAACGCAGAGCAAUUGGAACAUGUCAACAUCAUCAAUGCCAGUACUGCCAGUCUGCUUAACCUGAUCAACGACAUACUCGAUCUCUCAAAGGUAGAGGCCGGUAUGAUCAAGCUGUCUAUGGAAUGGAUGCACCUGCCGUCGCUCCUGGAAGAGGUCAACGACCUUAACAUGGGUCUGGCCAUUCAGAAGGGACUCGAACUCAACUACUUGAUAGAGGAUGGCGUCCCCCUGAUGGUCAAGGGCGAUAAGUUCCGCAUUCGACAAGUGCUACUGAACGUUGUGGGUAAUGCAAUCAAGUUCACGCCUCGGGGCGAGAUCUUUGUACGCUGCAAGCUGCAAACUCCAGAACGUUCAGGGGCUUUGGAAGAGAAUGAGACCGUGAUUCGGUUUGAGGUCGUCGACACAGGUCGAGGUUUCACCGAAAAUGAGGCAAAAUAUCUGUUCAAACGGUUCAGCCAGAUCGACGCCAGCAGCACACGGCAGCACGGCGGCACAGGUCUUGGACUAGCUAUCUCCAUGCAGUUCGUCGAGUUGCACGGAGGAAAGAUGGACGCCCGUAGUGUGCCGGGCAAGGGCUCUACCUUUUUCUUCACGAUCAAGUUUGGUCUUCCUACGGCGACCGACUUCCCGCAGCCGUUGGUGGCAACGCCUCUCACUCCAGCCACAGAGUUGUCGACUGUUGUUCCGCCGCUGCCCAGUGCACAGCCAUCGCCACUACAAAAACCAGCAUUCCCACAGAUCACAGGCUCCGCCCAGAGUGCGCAGCUCAAGCGUGUUUCUAGUAUCUCUUCAGAAAACAGUGCCAAGUUUUCGCCAGUCGGCUCGGCGGGGUCGGUCAGGUCGCAGGAUUCGCCUUCGCUUUCGUCGGGAAGCUCCGACCACUCUCUCACGAGUGCAGCGCUUACUGGCAAGUCGAGCUUGCGUUCGGAAAGAUCUUCUGCUUCGUCAUUCUUGGCGGACAGCCGUCUCACAAGUCCUGAUCCAGAGAUGAACCUUUCUCUGCCUCCAAAACGCGACAGUCAGGCUGCAACCUCGAGUGAUUCAGUGGAAUCAGAUGCUACUGCUCGUCCCGCAACGGCACCAGGCCCCGUCACGUCGCCACUAGCUCAGCCACCGAUGUUUUCGAUCCUGGUCGUUUGUCCGUUGGUGCACAGCAGGGAAGCUACCAUGCGGCACAUCAAGAACACCCUCCCGCAAGGCAUUCCACAUCAGAUCACUGGCGAAGAAAGCCUGAUCAGCGCCCAAAGAAUGCUUGGUGGAGACAAUCCAGUCCUCUUUACUCAUGUUGUACUGGUCCUCCACGACACCGCAGAGGUGCAUGUUAUUGUGGAUCAAGUGUUCAGCUCUGUUCAUUAUGGCAACACAUCUGUCGUCGUUGUCUCUGACCCGUCACAAAAAAGGGAACUGAUGAAGGAGGCGUCAGUCUACAACUACGAGCAGCUUGCACUGGAUCGACGACUCCAGUUCAUUUACCGACCCUUAAAACCAUCAAAGUUUGGUGUCAUCUUUGACCCGGAAAAGCAGCGCGAGUCAAGUACAGACCGCAACCAAGACACGGCACAGCAGGUUGUCGUCAGCCAAAAGCUCGUCUUCGAGGAGCUCAAAAGACGGCUUGGUGGCAAGGGCCACAAGGUGUUGCUUGUCGAGGACAAUCAAAUCAACCAGACUGUCAUCCUCAAAUUCCUCGCCAAGAUAGACGUGACAACCGACACAGUUCUUGACGGCGUUCAAUGUACGGACAUAGUAUUCGCAAAACCGCCAGGCUAUUACUCGAUUAUUUUGUGUGAUCUUCAUAUGCCAAACAAAGACGGCUACCAAGCCUGCAAAGAGAUACGACGCUGGGAAAAGAAGCACGCCUACCGCCGACAUCCGAUCAUAGCCCUCUCCGCCAACGUCCUUGGAGACGUCUACGCGAAGUGCGUCGAGGCCGGCUUCAAUUCCUACGUCACCAAACCUGUCGCCUUCAAGGAACUCUCCCUCGUCAUGGCGAAAUUCGUGGACCCGCUCGACCCGUCCAAGCCUCCCGAACUCAUGAAAUUGAAACACAAAUCCUGAACUUAGACACGGCCGCUUUCUUCCACUUUGCACUGCGCGGCACGCGUCCUCGCACCGCGCGCUCGCGCCACCGGCGCACUUUUCGCCGCCCGCUUGGGCGGCCUCUCGGGCUCCUCGCGGGCCCGCAUGCAUAUAACGGCGGGGGUCGCAGUAUAUCCUCUGUUUAGCGCGUUGCUUUCGGCGCGUCGCGUCACUUGUUGUCUUUUGCACUGCAUCGGGGUAAGGCCCAGGGGCCCAGGGCCGGGGCCGGGGCCGGGCCGGGGACGUAAUGUUUGGAUUCGGCAUCGUUAUUCGGGCAUUGGGUAGGGCAUUGCGGGCGCUGGGCGGCGCAUGGCGUUGCGCGUGGGGGC